CUGCAAGGGCACUAAUGAUAUGCAUUAAAUAGUGGACAUUGUUUCAUUACAAGAUGGAUGUGCCCGCUAACCCAAACGUCAGCACGCCGUUUGAUUCUAGGACCGCACUGAGGGAUGUGGUGACCUACAAGGCCUACAUUAUAGAUACUGCUCUGGGUGUGUUGGCUGGUCUGGUGGUGUUUUUGUCACUGCUGAAGACAAUCAGCUGGAAGAGGAGGGUCGCAUCAGCGGCCAUCGAUUUGAGGAUUUUAUUGACGUUUCUGGUGUUCUACGCUGGAGAUCUGGCCAAUGUUUUCGUCCUUGUUACUCUUGCAACAGGAGUCUACUGGCUUAUGCUGUCCAAGGCCCAGCAGAAAGUGUCUAUCGAGCUGCCACUGCCCCACCAGGAAAAGCAUUUUGUGACCUACAUCAUUUGUGCUUUUGCGCUCAAGGCAGUGCAGUUCCUCCACAAGCUCGCAAUACAGUCAUCUAUGGAUGUGUUUUUCAUUGACUGGGAGAGGCCUCGAACCACAGCUAGUCGAACGGUCACAGCCAGUGGUCAGCAGAAACGGGAUUUUUUACCUGUCAGCAUUUGGAGGACCUACUUUGUGGCUAAAGAAUGGAACAAGAUCCAGACCAUCCGCAAAACGAGACCGACCUUUCAGAUCAUUGCUGUGCUAUUCUUCCUUGAAGUGUUGGGUUUCUCUAAAUUUACACUCAAGGAGCCCCGGCCAGCUUCCAACGACCUCUCACAGGUGGAGCCACCUUCAUACAGUGUAAUUCUGCGCUAUGGUCUGGCAUCAGCACUCUGGCUCUGCAUUGGGCUUCUGCAGGUCAUAUUCACCGCCUUUUACGAGAUCUGCGUGGAUGACAAAAUUCGUCAGUUUGUGGAUCUCUGCUCUAUCAGCAACAUUUCCGUGCUUGUCUUACCUCAGCGAUGUUUUGGCUACUACAUACACGGGCGCUCUGUGCAUGGUCAUGCUGACACAAACAUGGAGGAAAUGGGCAACAAUCUGAGGAGGGAAGCGGAGUCACUGUGUGGCCAACGAGGUCUUCUUCCCAACACAGACAUGCAGACUUUCCAAGUGGCCCUUUCCACACGACUGCGCUCGCAUUACGACAGGAUACGGGAGUCCUUUUCCAGGAGAUACGGACCGGCACGGCUCAUGGACUCCGCCAACCAGUGGGAGCAAAAUAUUCGGGCCUAUCACACCAUGAACCACUUCCUUGGAUCAGUCAUAGAUCAUGUCCACCCUGACAUGGACUACUAUGUAAGGGACAAACUAGCAUUGGAGAGUGUGCUGGGCAUGGAGUUCCUUGAACCAAUUGAGAAGACCAUUUUUUACAAUGAUGAAGCCCACAGUUUCAGUGAUGUGCUUUUUCAUGGACAUGAGAGCACGCUGCUGUUGUUUGACAUGUUGUUCUUCUGCGUUGUUGACUUUGCAUGUCAGAACUUUGUCCUGGCCGGACUGCUUACAUACAUCGAGCAAAUGAUAUUUCGAAAGAUUCGCAUUAAUGUAGGGAGGAAGAAUCUUGCCUACAAGACUCAGGUGGAUGAACGAUUUCUGAUGUAAAAUCCUGUGGAAGAUCCCUCAAAAUGCCAGUGUUGUUCAUCAUAUUUAUACAAAUGUUUUGCAUUCCGACUAGCACAAUGUAUGGGUUUGGAUUGGAUGGCUAUUACAGAUCAUUUUGUUGCAGCAUUUUUUUUUAGUAUUGUUAAAAAUAAACACUGGUGAACACCAAAA